AUCUCAUCUUGAAUGAAUCUUCUCAACUCUUGGGCGCGGGAAUUCACCUCCGAUAUUGAGAGUGGUAUAAAUGAUCACUCCCGAAUGGAGUAAGGCACAGUUUACUACAGCAUCUUGUGAAGAGAGCAAGUAACAGCUACAACCAAAGAUUCAAAAUGCAGUCCUCAAUCGUUCUUUGCCUAGCAGCUUUCGUAGCUUGCACAUACGCACAAAUGUACGUUCAAGAGGAGCCAAUGGAAUGGUAUCCAGGCUACCAACAGUUGGUCUCUCGUCACCCGAGAGACCUCACUUGGUCACGUGGAGUAGGCAACGGCAGAGUCUUCGGAACUUUGGGAAGCACUGAUGAUUCUGUAUUCGGUCGAGGAGGCUACAAGCAAGACAUCUUCAAUGACCACCGUGGCCGCCUACAAGGCCAGGCGUAUGGCUCCAGGGUGCUUAGCCCUUACGGUGACAGCAGCAACUUGGGAGGCAGGCUGGACUGGUCCAAUCCUAACGCGAAGGCUGGUCUUGAUGUGCACAAGCAGAUUGGAGGGGGUAGUGGCAUGAAACUAAGCGGUGAUGGAGUAUGGAACUUCGACAAGAAUACCAGAUUAUCGGCUGGAGGCAACUUGGAUAAGACCUUCGGGCACCACAAGCCUCAAAUCGGAGUACAGGCGGAAUUCCAACAUGACUUUUAAGUUAAUUUAGAAAAUAAUCAUCUGAAUUGUUAACCUCUUCCUUUUUUGCGAAGUAGGUUGAAAUAUAUAUCAUCUUACAUAUAAAACCAUUUGCUUGGAGCACCAUUUGUAUAAAUUCUGAAAUUUGCAUCGCAAAUCAUAUUUUGAAGCUUUACUUCAAAGUUCAUAAUUUACGUAUUUAAUUAGUUAUUAUUCAGCAUUGAUUUUAAUAGUAUUGCUAACUUAAUUGUGCCAUAUUAUUAUUUAAUUAAUACUUAGAUAUGUUAUUUCCAUAAAGUCCUGUAUAUAAAAUUGUAAAUACUUUUGUCAGCAUUAAUUAAAUGUUAAGUAUAAAUACUGAAUAAAAAUUAUAAAGUAAACACA